UUGUCAAUCAUCAUUGUUUUGUGUGCUCAGGCAAGCAUGGAUGGACAAGUCAUAUCUACUCAGCAAUAUAAGCAUCUGUUAGCUGUGCCGUCGUCCCCUGUGUUGGGCUAUAGUCAUGAUGCUGUUGUUCCUCAAUCAAAUGAAGAAGAAUGUAAACCAAAGKCAAUCAACUUCUCCAAACUUCUUUUGAUAAGAGAACGUUUCCUUCUUACAUGGAUGGGAAAUGAUCUUUUUCUUCUUGAUCCAGUUCUUGGUCAAGUGUCAGGAUGGUAUCAUCUUGAUAUAGCUGAGAUCUCAGAUAUCUGUUGCUAUGGCAACCAGUUCUAUGCCUACCAUGCAGAUGGUCACAUGACAUGGUUUGGUAUUCUUACAGUAAAGGAAACUGUUGCAAGAUUAUUUGAAUUGAAUGACUUUAUUCAAUGUGCAACRGUUGCCUUACAGUGUAGUUCAUAUCUCAUUCCUGGAACUGCAAGGGACUGGGUCCCUGUUUCUAUGGUUACAUCACUUAUCACAAGUCUCCAGGGGCAACAAAAAACUGAGGAGUUAGUUAAUGCUMUUCAAGAGCUUCAGCAAUCUCUACAAGAAGACACAAAUCUUUGCCUGGAAAGACCUCCUGGUUUCUAUGGUGAUAACACUGUGAUUGACAGCCCAGAGACAAUGAGUUUGAAUAGUGAUGUCGUCAGUCACCACAUGGACUCAGGAUUGGAAGAUGACGACAACCUGUCAGUCAACCAAGCCGAUGCAAAGAGUAAGGGCAGUGAAUUUUCCCUUGAGAACGCACUCUUUUCUGUUGCCAGUAAAGCAAAAAGGUUYGCAGAGGAAAGGCGCUCAAAAAGGAAAUUCAAUUUCCCAACAUUUCGGCGUUCAUCUGCUGAUUCUGAGGUUCAAAAGCCAAGUGAUGAAAAAAAUGAAUUACAACAGAGCCAACAGGGACCUUUCACAGAGGAGCUUGAAGUAAAUUCUGAUUUAGGGGCCUUAGAUACCAAGUGUGACCCUAGCAACAAGGUGGUUGCUAAGGAUGUGCUUCAGCAGGAAGUGGAGUCUGAUAAUGAAUCAAGAGGGGAUGAUGAUGUGUUAGAUGUAAAGAAAGACAAGGAGAAAGUAAGAAGAAAGAAGAAAAAGAAAGUAGUUACRGUUGAUAUCAAUACUCCCAAAACAGACAAAAAAUCAAACGAUGGAAAUACUGCAUCACAAUUUGUCUCCUUUACUGAACUUAACAGGGCCCAGAUUGAGUGGGACUCUCCUGUAUCACCAAUAGUGUCSCCAAGACUGAAUGACAUCCCUUCAGAGCUUCCACCAGCCAUUCCAGCCAUGCUUUCUAAAGCAAAGGAAGUCAUCAAAAGAAAGUUGAAAGAGACUGGURCAGAGCACCAAAGUGUUACUAGGACCCAGUCUUUGCCUGCUGAGUUUAAGGAGGAAGAAACUGGGAUGAAAGAAAAGGUGUUGAMGGGAGAAGKAGGAGARAGUGAUCUCGAGGAGGAAGAUUCUGUUGAGAUACCUUGCUGUGUUGAAGUUGAAGAACUCAGAAAGAUAACAGUUAAAGUCAGGGAAGAAGUUCAUUCCCCACAAAUAUUGCUCAGUCGUCCAUCAUUACAUAAUGUACUACAAAGAUGGAUUCCUGUACUCUUCAAAGCACUACAAUCAAUUAAAGACUCUUCUUUAUAUGAAAAUACAAAACAACAUGCCUCACCACUUGACCCAAAUACAUCGUCAACUGUUGACCUACAAGACUCAACACCAGUUUUACUGCCAAGCAACUCAAAGACUCAAGUUGAAAUGUUGACAARUUUGCUGGGCAAAGAAACAUUUAACAGUGUUUGUGUUUUGACAAAGAUGUGUUUUGAUGUUGGGGUUUAUUGCAGUAGYGAUGACAAGAAACAUACUGAAAGUAACUUUGAAAAUACGACACAUAGUACAACACGUUUCCAUUGUGAUUCGACUUGUGGUGUUCACUUGAAACAACAUGUUGAGAGCAAAAACGAAGAUUUGUGCAAUGAAAAUCAAGAUGGUCUAGAAGGUUUAGAGGAUAGUCCAUGCACUAGAGAAAGGGAAAGCCAAGAAUCUKUUACUUUAUUAGAGUAUAAUAGCUCACUAUAUGAGAAAAAUGAACUUGAAAACACUGCAGAUCAAGAUGGUCAAGACAGGCUUUUACACAGUAGAAAUACAAGUCAUGAUAUAGGAAAUAGAUUCUUGUCAGAAAGGAAAACAAACUCAUGGACAUGUGCACUGUGUACAAAGCAUUUUGCUUCUGAAUUUCAUGAUUUUUUAUCAAGUUCACUUUCAAUAAAAACUGAUGAAAUUGAAAUUGAAAGAGACUUGAAGCGAGCUACAUUUAUCAGGAAUUGUUUUAUGUUGUUAAAAGUUUGUGAUAUCCGUCGUACACUUGGUUUAAAACAUGGAAUAAAGAUGAGGACGUGGGAARCAUUACUUGACUGUUUGAAAGAAUAUUCACAACUCGAUAACGUCAGCCACCACAUAAAAGACGGUCAUGUGACUCGAGCGCUACAUGUGUUGCAUGAUGGGAUACAGGAGUAUGACAACGUUCUCUUGCUACAUUUGAACAAUCUGUAUGAGAAGAAUGGACGAGAGACUCUCAUGACUUGUGCAAGAAUGUACCCUGAUGUGUUGCCAUGGGAAAUCAUGGAAAUGUGUCGUCAAAGCAAGUCACAUGACCUCCKUGCUAAUGCCCAGUACUUUAUGUAUUAUGUGGAGCAGCUUAUGAGAUGGAGAACAAACCUCAGAGAAAAAAGAUCAAAGAUCAUAAAAACCCUUUUGAAAGACAGAGAAUUCAMUAUCGCCUGGUUCCACAAUGCUUUAGCUGCCAGCAAUCCUGAAGGUCAGCAGCAUUGCCAAUGUGGAUUACCAAGGCCAGGAUCCCAUCGGUUGUCAUGGAAACAUGAGGACCAUUUAMAGGAAAUACUGGAUUUUGUUUUAGAGAAGUGUGACCAUCGUAUGAUGGAUUUAUUCAUAAGCUUGUGCUGGAAACAUGGGUACUGGCCAGGAUUUAUACGUCUUUGCUGUCAUAAAGGAUACAAGCAGAUUGUUUUACAAACGAUUGUUUGUUUGGGUGAYACAACMUUGCUUCACMAUGAAUCAUCUUAUGGUCCAASUCUUCAAUCACUGGAUGAUUGGAAAGCAUUACUGGAACUAGUUGUCUCACAUUCAAAGCGCCUUGACCACAAACAAUCAUGUGACUUCAGCAAGGACUCUGAUUGGACGCCUGAUAUGACUUGGGAAAACGUUGCUUAUAUGGCACUAAAACAGCUUGGGGCCUCACGACUGGUGAACCUAAUGAAUGAUGAMCCUUUCAGUGGAAUGUCCCUUCCUGUGGAUUUCUAUUACAAGUGCAUUCUGGGGGUCAUUAUUGAGAAGGAGCAAAGUAAACUCGUUCAUGGUAUGUUGACAACAGUUGACACGUACUUGUGGUCCAAACGAGCUGGAGUUCUAACUCCGCAGAUGAAUUUCUCCAGACUUCAAGAACAAAACAAGAGCUUGGAUAAGGUUAUUAUUCCAUCAGCUGAAGUCGGGGAUAUUUCACAACAUAAAACGUUGGAGGAUUCAGCAACAAAUUGGGGCGUGAAUAUCCAACUUGCUGACGCUUCUUGUCCAGUAUGUACGCUUCAGCUCGGCGAACAAGUUUCCUCAAGCAAUCAAGGUCUAUUAGUGUUUGAAUGUGGUCAUGUGUUCCACAAGUUUUGUGUGCCAGAGCGCGCAUGCGUAGUAUGCUUCAAUCAAAGCUUGAAGACAAUUGGCAAGCCUUCUCAGAUGAMUGAAGAACAUCCCACGAAACUGAUUGAUUAAACCUGUAAAACUGGGAUAGCUUUCAACUGACAAACCGGUUAGACAGGUUAUGGCUAAAUGUGUAUGAGACAAAGCAUUCUUUUCUAUGUUCCCUUUCGACCUUAGCUACGUCACAUGACGUAGCAUCACGUCACAUGACGUAGCAUCACGUCACAUGACGUAGCAUCACGUCACAUGACGUAGCAUCACGUCACAUUUUUCCCAGUUUAAUAACAUUAAUAUACAGCAAUACAAUAUUUUUAUAUUUUAAGUGGCGUCUAAAUACAAACUGCAAUUAUCUGUGUACAAAGUCGAAAACUGUUUGACUGUUUCAUGUUGUUUAAAUAUCUAAAGUUUAAUUUUUGUUCCUCUGUCUUUCACGGUUAAACUGACAAAAUCGGUUUGGUUUGCGACAUUAUUUGACUAGUUUUCAUCAUCAUCAUCAUCAUCAUCAUCACUACUAUCAUCAUCAUCAUCAUCUAGACAUGCUAGACUCUAUUUAGCUGUAUUGUAUGGUUAGGCAGUGGUUGUAGUUCAAUGGGGUUAAUUCUGUUUCUUCUAAUUGGUGCCUGGUUCAAUGCCACUCCUCGACUCAGUGCUUUCUUAGCGGCUUCGCGGAAAUCAGACAGAAAUAUGAUGUAUAUACAAGGACUGAAACACGAGUUAACGACAGGCAAAAAAUACCAAAUUACGUAGGAUAAAGACAUCCAAUCUAUACAGCAAUAACAGACGUUUCUAUCCAGAGAUGGUAUUAUAAUAUAGAUAUAGUGCCAAACCCUGUAUACAAAAGCAGAAAGCCAGCAACAUGUAUAGAGUAAGACAGAUACGAGAACCAUUCGUACAGCUGAUUGAGUGCGACGUUUUCGCAUGUUUCGCUGUUGUUCGUUAAGAUGGUUUUCGAUUUCGUUAGGUCUUGACAGUCGCUUGAUUGUUACAAUGCUGAUUAUAAAUAUCACACAACAUAAGCAGAACAUUAACGUAUCGGAAAGUGCAAAAAUGUAUAGUAUUACUGGGUAAGACUUAAGUACCCUAAUCGAGAGACCGCAUGAAUUUGUGCCCACUUUGACCAAGUACGCGCUACAGGAAGCCAAUGUCAUGGGAAUCACCCAUGAUCCACAGAGCACUGCCAUGAGAUAUUUACGUGUAUAACGACCCGAUCUUUGCAAAGUUUGUCUUGUAGCUCUKAAUCGUCCAAUACUGAUUACUAAUAGAGUGAUCAAUGAGACUCUAAAUGAGAUUUCGUGCAGGAAAUCUUUCGCUUUACAGAUAAAAACACCCAAUGUACCGCUAGAAUAAAUKUUCGUCAAUUUAUCKUCGUUUAGCCAURCAAUUAUUUUCGAUAAUAGCUUCAUGAGGAGAAAUAGAGCAUCUGAGACRGCCAUGUUGAUGAUCARAUAAUGCAGGUUCUUGCGCACUGUGAAUUUAGCAGCGAGUAUGAUGACAAAGAUGUUUAAAAUAGUCCCAAGUACAGUGACCAGUACGAAGGCAGUGCGUUUGGCCGUUAAUUCUAAAUCUGUAUCUGGUACCCAAUACUUGCAGUAGUAGUAGUUGUUUACCGAACUCAUGUUCGAGACGUUGCCGAGUAAUAUGUUGGGGUUGUUCAUCAUUGCGCAGUUUCUAUCGUCUCGCUACAGUCAUUAAUUGCUUCAAGAGAAGUUCAACUAAUUACAAUAGCGAGGUUAUAUAACGUAAUAUUAUAAAAAUAAUAUUUAUCAACGAAAAGGAAUUAAUUAAAAAUACAAAAGGUGGGAACUCCAGUUGAAUAAAUCCAGCUGGUUGUCCUUUAUAAAUAAUAUUUUUAUCGAUUCUUGACAUGUUUGUUUUUCAAUUUUGUGGUGAUUUUUCUUUUAAAAUUGAUUUUCCGUACAACCACGAUCUCUGGAAACUUUGUCUAUUUGAAUAAAUAAAAGGUUUAGUUCUC